GAGGUUCAGCUUCAGCAAAACUUCUCUCUGUCUCUCUCUCUCUCUCUCUCUCUCUCUCUCUCUCUAUAUCUAUACAAUCAUUCACAUCUUUUCAACAUUUUUGUGUAGGGCUGCAAUUUGAAGAAGGCUGCACUAGGUUCUUGAUCAUGAGUCAGUCGAAAAUCAAUCGUAGAGUUGGUAAAUACGAGGUGGAAAGGACGAUAGGCAAAGGAUCGUUUGCCAAAGUUAAGUUAGCGAGGAAUUCAGAGACAGGAGAGCAUGUUGCUCUCAAGAUUCUCGACAAAAAUAAGGUUCUUAAGGAUAAAAUGGUGGAACAGACCAAACGAGAAAUAGCUACCAUGAAGUUGAUAAGGCACCCAAAUGUUGUUUGCUUGUACGAGGUAAUGGGGAGUAAGACAAAAAUAUUCCUUGUUUUGGAAUUCGUUACCGGUGGAGAGCUGCUCAACAAAAUUAUAAAUGAUGGACGAAUGAGGGAGGACGAGGCAAGGAAGUAUUUCCAACAGCUUAUAAAUGCGGUUGAUUAUUGCCAUAGCAGAGGAGUUUAUCACCGAGAUCUGAAGCUGGAGAAUUUACUUUUGGAUGCUUCCGGGAACCUCAAAGUUUCAGACUUUGGAUUGAGUACUUAUUCAAAGCAAAUCAGGGAUGACGGCUUACUUCACACGACAUGUGGAACUCCAAACUAUGUUGCACCCGAGGUUCUUAACGAUCGAGGCUACAAUGGGUCUACUGCAGAUCUGUGGUCAUGUGGAGUCAUCCUCUUUGUAAUGCUUGCAGGCUACUUCCCUUUUGAUGACAAUAAUCUCGCAAACCUAUUCAGAAAAAUAUCUUCUGCUGAAUUUACUUCUCCACCUUGGAUCUCUUUCGGUGCAAUGAAGUUAAUCACUCGAAUUUUGGAUCCAAACCCCGAGACACGCAUUACCAUCCCGGAGAUUUUAGAGGACGAGUGGUUUAAGGAAGGUUAUAAACCGCCUAUUUUCAAUGAGAUGGAAGACGCGAAUCUGGACGACGUGGAAGCUGUUUUUCAGCACUCUGAAGAGCGUCGUGUGACAGGGAGAAGAGAAGAACAUCCAACUCCCAUGAAUGCAUUUGGGUUAAUUUCUCUGGCAAAAGGACUCGACCUUGGGAAUCUCUUUGAUGAACAGGGGUUCAAGAGGGAGACGCGGUUUGCUUCUAAAUGCUCAGCCAACAAGAUUAUCAGCAAGAUUGAAGAAGCUGUAAAGCCCCUAGGCUUUGAUGUUCGCAAAAAGAAUUACAAGAUGCAGUUGGAAAACAUAAAAGCAGGAAGAAAAGGAAAUCUUAACGUGGCAACUGAGGUAUUCCAAGUUGCCCCUUGUCUUCAUCUGGUUGAGGUGCGAAAGGCCAAAGGAGACACGUUGGAAUUCCAUAAGUUCUACAGAAGUCUGUCGACUUGCCUGGAAGAUGUCGUAUGGAAAACCGAAGAUGAUGGCAUGCAUAUAAAGGAAUAGCAACUCAGUCCUGGUUUAUGAGAGCUGUUCCAAGAAGAAAUGAUUCCAAUUCUUUCUGAACAGAUACCAAAAACAUGUAACAGAAACACAUUUUGGAAAUGUUACAGUUGAACCAUAUUGUCUUUCCAUACCAUAAAUUUCAAAACACUAUGGUAGGGGGAAAUGGUGGGAUACUAAGUAUUCUUGUCUUUCA